AAUUAUUGUUAGAAUUAUAAGAUAGUGGAGAAAGUUGAGAGGGAACUCUCUUCGAUUUUCUCUGAUUUUCGAACCAAGGGAAAGGAGCAACAGUAAUAUCCUCGUUUUUUUUUUCUCUAAUUUUCUGGAUGAAUUGUGCUCAGAGAUCUAUAUUGUCACGGGAUUCCAAUUGAAUCGAUCCACCUUUGAGUUAGAUCCAACUGUGUUAUCACCUUCUGUCCCUCAUUUCUCAUCCUACAAUGGAUUCAAUGGAGGCUAUCGAGGAGUUGGCGCAGCUGUCGGACUCGAUGCGGCAAGCUGCGGCUUUGCUUGCCGAUGAGGACGUCGAUGAAACUUCCACCUCCACUGCUUCCUCUCGCAGGCCUUCCACUUUCCUCAACGUCGUGGCCUUGGGGAAUGUGGGUGCUGGUAAAUCUGCUGUUUUAAAUAGUUUGAUUGGACAUCCUGUUUUGCCAACUGGUGAAAAUGGUGCUACUAGAGCUCCCAUAAGCAUUGAUUUACAGAGGGAUAGCUCAUUGAGCAGCAAAUCAAUUAUCUUGCAGAUUGACAAUAAGUCUCAGCAAGUUUCUGCAAGUGCUUUGCGGCACUCUCUACAGGAUAGAUUAAGUAAAGGUUCCUCUGGCAAGAGCCGGGAUGAAAUCUAUUUGAAGCUUCGCACUAGUACAGCACCUCCAUUGAAAUUGAUUGAUUUACCUGGGCUUGAUCAGCGGAGCGUGAGUGAAUCAAUGAUUAGUGAAUAUGCUGAGCACAAUGAUGCCAUUUUGCUAGUCAUUGUGCCUGCCUCUCAAGCAGUUGAGAUUGCUUCAACUCGUGCACUCAGACUGGCAAAGGAAUAUGACAGUGAAGGGACUAGAACUAUUGGGAUAAUUAGUAAAAUAGAUCAAGCUGCUUCGGAUCAGAAAUCGCUGGCUGCAGUUCAGGCUCUAUUAUUAAAUCAAGGACCUUCAAGGGCUUCAGAUAUACCGUGGAUUGCUUUAAUUGGUCAAUCUGUUUCAAUUGCUUCUGCACAGUCUGGAGCUGUUGGCUCUGAAAAUUCUUUGGAAACUGCCUGGAGGGCCGAGGGCGAAAGUCUGAAAUCCAUACUGACUGGAGCCCCACAGAGUAAACUGGGAAGAAUUGCUUUGGUGGACGCUUUGGCUCAUCAAAUACGGAACCGUAUUAAACUCAGACUUCCCAACCUAUUAUCAGGGUUACAAGGAAAGUCUCAGACUGUUCAAGAUGAGUUAUCAAAGUUUGGUGAUCAAACGUCGGAAAGUGCUGAAGGGACAAGAGCUGUAGCCUUGCAACUCUGCCGUGAAUUUGAGGAUAAGUUUCUUCAGCAUAUUGCAACUGGUGAGGGUGCUGGUUGGAAAAUUGUUGCUAGUUUUGAGGGAAACUUUCCAAAUAGAAUCAAGCAGCUCCCAAUCGACAGACAUUUUGACAUUAACAAUGUGAAAAGGAUUGUGUUAGAAGCUGAUGGUUAUCAACCAUAUUUGAUAUCCCCUGAAAAGGGUUUGCGAUCUCUAAUAAAAGGUGUUUUAGAGCUUGCAAAAGAACCAUCACGUCUCUGUGUUGACGAGGUCCAUCGUGUUCUAGUGGAUAUAGUUUCUGCUGCUGCAAAUUCUACACCAGGUCUGGGAAGAUACCCGCCUUUCAAAAGAGAGAUUGUGGCCAUUGCGAGUGCUGCAUUAGAUGGAUUUAAGAACGAAGCGAAGAAAAUGGUAGUUGCACUUGUUGACAUGGAGAGAGCUUUUGUGCCUCCACAACAUUUUAUUCGAUUGGUACAAAGGAGGAUGGAGAGGCAGCGUCGAGAGGAGGAGGUGAAACACAAAUCAUCAAAGAAAGGUCACGAGGCAGAGCAAGCAAUAUUAAACAGGGCAACUAGUCCUCAAACAAGUGGAAGCCUGAAAUCGAUGAAGGAAAAACCAGGCAAAGAGGACAAAGAAGUACAGGAAACUUCUAGUUUGAAGACUGCUGGUGCAGAAGGGGAAAUAACAGCAGGUUUUCUGUUGAAGAAAAGCGCUAAAACAAAUGGAUGGAGUAGAAGAUGGUUUGUUCUAAAUGAAAAGACGGGAAAGCUUGGUUACACAAAGAAGCAAGAGGAGAGGCAUUUCCGUGGUGUGAUCACUUUGGAGGAAUGUAAUGUUGAAGAGGCUUCAGAUGAGGAAGAAGCUCCUUCAAAGGGUUCGAAGGAUAAGAAAUCUAAUGGACCAGAUUCUGGAAAAGGUCUUAUGUUCAAGAUCACGAGCAAGGUUGCAUAUAAAACUGUUCUUAAAGCACACAACGCUGUUCUCUUGAAGGCAGAAAGUAUGGCUGACAAGGUUGAAUGGAUGAAUAAGAUAGGUAAUGUUAUUCAACCUUCCAGAGGACAGAUGAAGGGUCCUGAUAGUGGUCUUCCCAUGCGGCAGAGUUUUUCAGAUGGUUCUCUUGAUAUGAUGGCUAGAAAACCUGUUGAUCCUGAAGAAGAACUACGGUGGAUGUCCCAAGAAGUACGUGGUUAUGUUGAAGCUGUUUUGAACAGUUUGGCUGCCAAUGUCCCAAAAGCAGUUGUGCUCUGCCAAGUUGAGAAAGCCAAGGAAGAUAUGCUAAACCAGUUGUAUAGUUCGAUCAGUGCUCAAAGCACACCAAGGAUUGAGGAGCUUCUUCUCGAGGAUCACAAUGUAAAGAAUAAGAGAGAGGUCUACCAAAAACAAUCAUCCCUUCUCUCUAAAUUGCUACGUGAACUCAGCGUACAUGACAACCGAGCGGCUGCAGCAGCCAACUGGUCUGACAACGGCGCAGAAAGCAGUCCGAGAACGAGUGUUCCAUCAUCAGGUGAAGAUUGGAAAUCUGCCUUUGAUUCAGCAGCUAAUGGUCCUGCCAACUAUAAUAGAUCUUCAUCCAAUGGUCAUAGUCGGCGUUAUAGCGAUUCAGAUCAAAAUGGGGAUUCGAACUCACGUUCAAGCUCUAACAGUCGCCGUACUCCGAACCGGAUGCCCCCUGCCCCACCGCCGUCUUCGGGUUCAAAAUACUAUUAGCUUAGUUGGACUGAGUUUAUACUAUUUGACAUUUUCUUAUCUUCAUCAGUAUUUUUUGCACACCAGAGUUUGGGUACCCAGUCUUCUCAUAUUCAUACGUUUCUACUCGUCCACUAUCAGGGAGAACGGUAGAUUUACCUUUGCAACUUGGAAACAAGGCUGGCGUGUACAUAGAAAUCAAAGUUCCUUUGGCUUCCUAGAGAUCGGUCCUGCCCCGACUCCAAGUAUCCUUGAAAUUCACCAAUGUAUUUCUUCUCACAUUUCUCUAUUCAUUUCUUAAGAUUUUGUUUUCCUUCAUUAUUGUUUGCACCCAUUUUUGGACACUAAUGUAUUAUUUGUGUGUUGUGGUGAUAGUGAUCCCAUCUAAAAAAUGCACUCUCUCCUUUGAUAGCAUUGUAGCAAAUGUGUACUUUAUUAAAAAUUGAGGAGACAAGUA